AAACUCAAAAUUUUCCAUCUUUUUUCGCAUUCAGGCCCAUCGACAACUCCAUAUAUGUAUAAAGGUAAUAAUCUCCUUCUCAAUGCGCUCCAUUACUUGUCGCUUAAUCGUUUCUGCACCACAACUGGGUCACCCACCACGGCCGAGUCACCCGAGCUUCCGGACUGGGUCAAAUUCUCUCAGAAUAACAGCCCUGCUGGCUCAGAUUCUGAUGAUGAUUUCGUGAUUCCUAAACUUGCUUAUUGGGCGGAGAAUCAAAAGCAUGAUCAUCGCAGUAAAGUUGAUGCGUACGUGCUAAAGGAGACUAUUGACAGUGAUAUCGAUAAAAUUAGUGAACUUCUCAAGUUUAGGCACUCCUCGGCUGAUGCUGUUGUCCAAGCUCUAGGUGGGUGUGGCGUGAGUGUAUCUGAAAGCUUGGUUGAGCAAGUUUUGAAGAGAUUCAGCAAUGAUUGGAUCCCGGCUUUUGGGUUUUUCAAGUGGGCAAAAGCUCAAACGGGUUAUAGGCAUUCUGUGAAUUCCUACAACUCAAUGGUUGACAUCUUAGGGAAGUUGAAGAAGUUUGAUCUUAUGUGGGAGUUGGUGGAGGAGAUGGAUCGAUUGGGGGGAUAUGUUUCCUUGGCCACAAUGACUAAGGUCAUGAGAAGGCUUGCAAGGGCGAGUCGGUGGAAGGAUGCCAUAGAGGCAUUUCGAGGAAUGGAGAGGUUUGGCGUGAAGGACACAUUGGCGAUGAAUACGCUUAUGGAUGCCCUGGUUAAGGAGAAUAGCGUUGAGCAUGCUAAUGAUGUGUUUGUAGAGUUCAAGGAUUCAAUUCCUUUGAACUCUCAUACUUUCAAUGUAUUGAUUCAUGGUUGGUGCAAAGCUAGGAAGAUGAAUGAUGCCCUGAAGUCUAUGGUAGAGAUUAAGGAACAUGGGUUCUGCCCAGAUGUGAUUUCUUAUACGUCCAUUGUGGAAGCUUACUGUCGUGAGAAAUAUUUUCGCAAAGUCGAUUCUGUACUAAAUGAGAUGGAGGAAAAGGGGUGUCCCCCAAAUGUAGUGACAUACACCAUUGUUAUGCAUGCUUUGGGCAAGGGAAAGGAAAUAUCUAAAGCUUUGGAGGUGUAUGAGAAGAUGAAUGGAAGCAGUUGUGUUCCUGAUACUUCAUUUUACAGUUCCUUGAUUUACAUACUAAGCAAAGCAGGUAGGCUUAAGGAUGCUCGGGAUGUAUUUGAGGACAUGACAAAGCAGGGUGCAAUCCCAGAUGUGUUGACCUAUAAUACCAUGAUCUCUGCUGCCUGCAUGCAUUCCCAGGAAGAAGAUGCCUUGAAGCUGCUUCUGAAAAUGGAAGAAAGUUCCUGCAAGCCUGAUCUUAAUACUUACUCCCCUUUACUGAAAAUGUGCUGCAGAAACAACAGAAUGAAGGUGCUUUCAGCAUUGUUGAACCACAUGUUUAAGAACGACACAAGUCUUGAAGCUGAAACCUAUUCUCUCUUGGUGCAUGGACUGUGUAAGAGUGGGAAACUUAAACAUGCUUGCUUGUUUUUUGAGGAAAUGGUGUCAAAGGGAUUGGUUCCUAAGGACUGUACCCACAAGUUGUUGCUGAAAGAGCUUGAAAAGAAGAGUAUGGUAGAAGCCAAGGAAAGGGUUGAAAAGUUGAUGUCACAGGCUAGACAACAAGGAUGACUGUUGAGAUUUAGGAUGCAUCCCCUGAUCCAUCACUUUUCUCUACUCUUUUUCUUUCUGGGCAUGGGUCAUUUUGUGUAAUGGUUUUGUUAGUUUCCAAGACAUUGCCAAUGGCAAAAGCAACUCUCCGCAGGACAUCAUGUUGGAGAGAUCGGCUAU